UCUGACCCGGUUGCAGAGGGAGGCAGAAUCAUCUCCGAGCGAAAAACAAAAAGUUUUGCGGACUCCGCAGCGGAGAAAGUGCGCGUCCACCGACUCUUUACGCACCGAGCCGUCUGUCGCUGCGAGCAGCAGGGAAGGCACUCGACUGGAAGUCGCGCAUUUUGCGGGGAGGGGGAGCGAAUCCAAUCAACCAUCGUCCAACAUGAGCAAUGUGUCCAACCGAACCGCCAACCCGUGUGACGGCGAACCUCCGUUCGCCAUCGACAACAUCAAAAAUCAAGACAUAUUUGGCAUUAUUUUGUAUUCAGUCCUCACCUUCAUGGCGACGGUUUCAAUGCUGGUCUUCCUAGAGGAGUGUGUGUACAUUUACAAGAAGGUGGCUGCCAACAAGAAGAGUGUUAUCAUCUGGGUGAACGGGGCCGCUCCGGUGAUCAGCACCAUGUCCUGCAUAGGGAUGUGGAUCCCCAGAGCCGUGAUGAUUACAGAUCUGACUUCAGCCACCUAUUUCGCCAUCGUGGUGUUUAAGUUCCUGAUUAUGAUGCUGGAGGAGAUUGGAGGGGACGAGGCCUUCCUGAAGCGGGCCAGCAAACACAAACUGAAGAUCAGCACUGGGCCUUGCUGCUGUUGCUGCCCCUGUCUCCCAUACGUGGCCAUCACACGACGCACUCUCUUCCUGCUGAAGCUUGGAUCUUUCCAGUUUGCCCUUCUGAAGCUUAUCUUCAGCCUCCUUUCCGUCAUCCUGUGGACCAACGGGAAUUUCAAUCUGCAAGAUACGAGCAUUACCGGAGCAGCAACAUGGAUCAACCCACUUGUUGGCAUCUUGACUGUCAUUGCUCUGUGGCCCGUCUCCAUCAUUUUCAUGCACCUGAGGACCACCUUGCAAACGCGUAGGAUCAUCCCCAAGUAUGCCAUGUAUCAGCUGGUGCUGAUCCUGAGCCAGCUGCAGACAGCUAUAAUCAACAUCUUGGCCAUGAGUAGCGUUAUCGCCUGCUCUCCGCCUUUUUCGUCUCCCGCCAGAGGAUACAUGCUGAGUCAGCAGCUCCUCAUCCUGGAGAUGUUCAUCAUCACUCUGGUCACCCGGCUGCUGUAUCGACGACAGUACGAGCCUCUCCCAGAAGAAGAACUGGGCGACGACAAUGAAACCAAGUUGAUGACAUUCUCAGUUUCUGCGUGAGGGCGAGAUGAAUGUGUGUCUGAGAGUCUCUAUGCAGGGGUUGGAUGAGGAAAUGAUGUAAAGUUGUGUCAAUCAAUAAAUAUAAAAAUUGAUGUAAAUGAACUUUGAGGUUGUGCAGCUGGCUAACUGGAACACUUGGGUCACUUUUUAGCAAUAUGUUCUGGCAAGUAAGCCUUCAUCUCCAGAUUGACGAAAGCUCAGUUAGAAAGCUCCUCUCUGUAACCUCUUGGAUAUAAACACUAUUGAUGCUAAUAUAGCUGAGCCAACUUAGCUAUAUUUGCUGUGAAUAAUUGUCCUUCAUCCUCUGAUGGCACCUUAUUGAAAUUUUUGGCACCUUUCAAAUGUAAAAAAAUGUUUUAGUCUUUAGUUUCCAAACUAAGUGAGGCUCUUAUGGGCUUUUUUUAAAUGAUCCCUUCAAAGUUCAGUUCAACUGUUCAGGUUUUAUUCUCAGGCAUGCUUUCUUUCUAAAGUCCUUCAGACUGUGAAGCCCAAAUUAUAACACCUCCACCACUGUGCAUCACAGCAGAAUUAGUAGCUCAUCAAGGAGCAUGUCAUUGGUCUGUACUUUUCGCUGCUAUUAUUAUCCGAUUUUGACUUUGGAUCAAGUUAAGACUACACUUCAGAGAAAACUGCUCUCUGACAAUAUGUCCACUGUUUAUAUUUGCCCUGCUGUUGUUUUCUAACAUCAACUGUCUGCCCCGUUUUUCCCUCUCAGCUCUGGUUAGUCAGAUGACAAAUCAAUGUUUCAAAGAGAAUCAAAUAGUUUGUUUUUGUUUUUAUCUUUUUUUUUUCAUUGCUAUUGGGAGUACAUAGCAUAUUAUGUGUAUAUUGAAUUUGUGCCUUAAAUAACCCUCCAUUUUCCAAAGACGUGUGCUCUUUGUGACAUAUGAAACAGCUGUUUCAUACGAAUGACGAAACAAAGUGUAAGUCAGGAGCCAAAUAUUUGUUAGAGGAGAACAUGUUAGAGUUGUUAACCAAUGCCAUUGUUGAUAAGAUUGCUUGUAUUUUUACGCAGGAUUUUGUUUCCUUGUUUGUGUGCUGCUUUUAGUUCUGAGUGGAAAUAAAAGGAUACAAAACUU